AUGGCUGUGACCAACCUCACAUACCGACCACAGUUCCAGCUCCUCGGCUUGAUGGAUGGUGCAGAUACCCACCCGCUUCUGUUUCUGCUUUUCCUUAGCAUUUACCUGCUCAACGCCCUGGGCAAUCUGAGCAUGGUGGUGCUGGUGAGGUCUGAUGGGGCUCUGUGCUCCCCCAUGUAUUAUUUCCUGGGUCACCUGAGCCUUGUGGAUGUCUGCUUUACCACUGUCACUGUCCCGAGACUGCUGGUUACCCUGCUCCAUCCUGGUCAGGCCAUGUCCUUCCAGGCUUGCUUCGCCCAGAUGUACUUCUUUGUAGCUCUGGGCAUUACUGAGAGCUACCUCCUGGCAGCCAUGUCCUAUGAUCGUGUGGUGGCCGUGUGCAGGCCGCUGCACUAUGGUGUAGUCAUGACACCCUGGCGCUGCUUUGUACUGGUGGCUGCAUCAUGGGCUGUGGCCCAUCUGCACUCUCUGCUGCAUACACUACUCAUCUCUGCUCUCUCCUAUCCUCGCUCCGCACCAGUGCACCACUUCUUCUGUGACAUGACCGUGAUGCUGAGCUUGGCAACGUCUGACACAUCAACUGCAGAGACUGCCAUCUUCUCAGAGGGCCUCGCAGUGGUUCUGACCCCUUUGAUCCUCGUGUCCCUCUCCUAUGCACGCAUCCUCAUGGCAGUGCUUGGGAUGCAGACCACAGGAGGCCGGCACCGUGUUUUCUCUACCUGUGGGGCCCACCUGGUGGUCGUGUCACUUUUCUUUGGCUCAGUCCUCUCCGUCUACUUUCGUCCAUCAUUUGGCUACUCAGCUCGCUAUGAUCGCAUGGCCAGUGUGGUCUAUGCGGUAGUCACACCGACCUUGAACCCUUUUAUCUAUAGUCUUCGUAACAAAGAGGUCAAGGGUGCCCUAAAAAGGGGUUUCAGAUGGAGGGCAGCAGCCCAAGAUGAGUAA